CCCGGGGCGUAGGUUAUAAAUGCUGGACUUCGACCCGUUAGCUAUCAACUGCAGGCAUGGUCUAGGACCGUCAUGAAAGAGCCAUCUACAACAAAAAUCGAAGGUUCGGUUCCUGCGGUUCAGACGAGAUAUGGGUAAUAAGGAUAGAAUUCAUUUGCUAAGACAACUCAAGAAGUCAAUGGCUUGAGCUCGAGGUCGUCGAGAUUUAGAGCGUCGACUAGUGAUGAAGAUCAUGGGACUUGUUUAGACUCGGACCAUAGAUUAGACAGAUGCAAUUGUGUCUGACCCUUUACGUUUAGGUUUCAACUGGUCUGACUCAGAGUCAUGUCUGAUACACUAGACCACUAGGCAGGUUUCGGAUAAUCAUGCCAGGUCUGUCAUUAUAUUUUCUGGGUCUGUGCCAGUCUGCACUUCCCUUCAUCUUCUUAAAGUCAGAGUUUGGACACGAAUCAAUGGCCAUCAGCUUUAGGACUGCCCGAAGGUUCUCGAUGGGAUUGAUUGGGAUGCUCUCUCUCGCAUGCCUUGCGCUCUCCCUCUUUCUCUGGGGAGCCGGAUACUCCAAGUCGAAGAACAUCGGUGCUGUGAUCGUCAUCCCGACAGGUGCAUUUAUCGGCUCUAUAUGGACAAUAUUUACCAAGGUGGUACAUAAACCGCAGCUCGUUUCAGUAGAGGCCACAUGGACGUUUGCCUUGUUACCUUUCGAAAUAUUACUAGGUCUUUUCUCCGUCAAUCUCAAUAUCGCAAAUAUGCCUACUGCGCAUACCGCCUACUUGUGCCUCGCAACACUUAUAUGGCUUAACGCAGCUCUGGUUGUCAUAUACGUGACAACCAUCAUUCUCCUUGCCAUUCUUACUCAGGUUUUGCAUGAUCAGGAUGUUUGGUCUCGUGACAUUGAUUCGAGUCCGUCUCCGUUCCCACUGCAUAUCAUCGUCACAUACGCCCUUUCGUCUCUAACUCGACCCUUUUCCUUGGUUACCCGUCAAAACCGACCGACAUCCCCUGUAUCAAAGGAACACUGUCUUCCUGGCUGUACUUGCUCCCGUAAACUUCCGAACUCCUCAUCUCUCGCAGACUGGCGGACUCUCGGGCCAACCUUGGAGAAUACUACCAGCGAUGUAUCAAGUAGUCCGCACUCCCUCAUCAAUAUUCGUGUCCCAACAGCGAUGGAAAGACCAAAACCAAUUGCCGUCACACUUCGGUCACGAUAAAACUUGUCAGACUCCUACUACAUUAUUACUAGAUGCAUAAAUUCGCCUACAAAAUACACUCAAAUUCACUGUGUUCUCAAUUGAGAAACCACGAUAUUAAUUACAGCGACACACAAACCUAGUAAGAUUGUACAACUAGGGAUGUGAACAGAAUAAAAUAUGAUACGAAGGCCCCUCUCGUUCCUUCAUUCCUAAGUCUGAAGUUCAUUCUGGAGUUGUUUGAGCAAAGUGGGAUCUGUCUUGUUUAUAUACUGAUUGAAGAUAUGAAUGCCUCCGCAGUUGCGCUCAGCUUCCUGUAAUGCUGCAGCCACAUAAUUAGUGAGCUGCGUGAUGCGAACAGGAUCAUUGUCUAGGAA